CGUCGCGUUGAUGAGGUAAUAAGAAACAUGGCGGCGCUCGGUACGGCACGGUGCCUCUUUCGGACCUACUCACGGGUAAAAAAUGGCUCAAAGAGCAAACAAACCGUGGUCAGAUGUGGCACGAGGGCGUUUUGCAGCGGAACACAGGACAGAGCCUCCCCAGAUGUUACAAACCCUCAGUUCACAGACCCAGCUGUGCAGGAAAUCCUCACCAGGAUCACUGGCCUGGACCUGCACAAGGUGUUUAAACCGAUUAAGCAGGAGCUGAAGCCGCCCACAUAUAAGCUCAUGACUGAUGAACAACUGAAGCAGGCGGUGGAGGUGGCUACAGAGCAGGCUAAGAAGCGGCUGCAGAUGCCUCCUGUCCUGCCAGAGAGGAAGCCUAUCAACGAUGUGCUGUCUCACGAUAAAAUCAUUGAAGGCAUGGACAAAGCCAAAUACGUCUUCACAGACAUCACCUACAGCGUCCCACACAGGGAGAGAUUCAUUGUGGUACGGGAGCCCAAUGGGGUCCUUAGAAAGGCCACCUGGGAGGAGAGGGACAGACUUGUUCAGACCUACUUCCCCAAGGAAGGACGUAAAAUCACGCCACCUCUCAUGUUCAAGGAGGAGAACCUCAAGAUGGUGUUUUCCCAGGACCGUCAUGAGGACGUGCUAGAUCUGUGUCUGGUCCAAUUUGAACCUGACUCCUCAGAGUACAUCAGGAUACAUGCAGUCACAUACGAAGAUGUGGAAAAACAUGAAAAAUAUGAGUUGCUGCGUUCUACCAGACACUUUGGAGGAAUGGCCUGGUACCUGGUCCGUGCUCGCAGAGUGGACGGCCUCAUAGUGGACAUGCUGAAGAGAGAGCUGUUUCAGGAUGCUGUGAGCCUCGUGUCUCUGUUCCACAUGGUUCACCCCGACAGUGACUCGGCUAAGGAAGCUGUCAGUCAGCGGGCCACUGGCACCGACCUGCUAAAGAUCUAUGCCCAGAAGGAGUCCCAGAGGUCGGGGUACAUUGAACUGGUCCUGCAGGCGUAUGAACAGACGGCGGCUAAGGGCUCUUCAGCCUGAUGGUCAUUUACUUGUAUUCAGUCACAGGAAAAAGUGAAGAAGUAAAUUUUCUGGUUUAAAUAUGCUGUACUGUGGUCAUCAUUAAGAAUGAGUUACCCGUGCAUUCAUUGAAGGUAUACGUAUAUUCCAUGUGGAGCUUGGGGUUAAGUGUUGUACAUACCAAAAUAAAACCUUUUGUACUUGU